AUAGUUUUUGAUAUUUUCUAAAUCGUUUUAUUUAUCAUUUAAAAUUUCUCAUCAAUUAAAUUAAUUUUAGGCAUAGAAAACAAAUUCAAAAUGUCUAGAACCGUAUCAUUCCAGGACCAAGUAACAUUCUCACAUGACUUCAUAAGGAGACGUUAUUUAAGACAUUAUGACCCAAAACUAAGUCGGGAACCAAGUUAUUCCAAACUGACCAUCCCAUAUCACGUCAUAUGUGCGGAAAGAAUUCGUGAGCAGCGAAGGAAACAAAAAAUCGACUUCGAAAGAGAGUUGGAACUUCAUCAAAUGUUACGAUCGAGAGCGAGGGAGGGUGUGAGAAUUCACAGGCAGUUCGUGAAUCCGUUGAUGGAAAAGAUAGAUCCGAAAGAUCUCAUAAAAGUAACGCUGGCCGAAAGGAAGCAAAUCCACGAGCUCCUCACUUUAGGCUACCGCCUUAAAAUGGGACUGGGAAAAUGCAAGGCUCUAGAAGACCUAGAGAAACGUCUUCACGCCUCGAAAAGAAAAAAUUCUAAAUAAUAAAGUUUUGAUGUCUUGUCACUUGUCAAAUCAUUUUAUUUCACUUUUUUACACUUCAUUAAAGGUCGCGUUUUCACUAACACUUACGAUGUCGGUUGAGCCUCCCGUUCUAGACCUUAGCGGUAACUCCGACGACCCGACCAAGAAAAAGAAGAAGAAAAAGAAGCGCGACCUGAACCUGAGCCGCGAUCCCAGCUACACCAAACUGACAGUUCCAUACCGCGUCAUCUGCGCUAACAGAAUCCGCGAGACGGCCAGACGCCAACAGGAGGUGUUCAAGAAAGAGCUGAGCCUGCACGAGAUCCUGCAGACCAAAGCCUUGGACGGAGUUAGGCUGCACAGGGAGUUUGCCAAUCCGGUGCUGGAGAAUCCCUUCCCGGAGGAGGUUAUAACUUUGACGCCGGCACAAAGACGACAGCUGGACGAGAUUUUGACAUACGGCUUCUACAAGAAGGUCAGGUUGGGCAAAUGCCCGCCGGUCGACGACCCAAUGUACCAGAGGAAACCCAAGAUCAAUUUGAAGGGCGAGAUAUCUUACAAAUAAUUAUUUUUUGGAUAAAUGACAUUAUUAUUAUACAUACUAUUGAUGAUUUAUUAAUAAAUAUUUUCAGUGGAUAGAUAAA